UGCUUUCAAUUGAAACCCAAAAUUACCGAGUCCUGGGGAUAACCACUACGACUACUAUAAAUCCAUGGAGAACGACAUUUCUAACCUUGAGAGACCGAAACCCUAACUUCUCCUCAAACAUCCCUCUCUUUCUCACCUUCCAAAUCCCCGUUUUCUCUCACUCUCAUUGCUUAAUCGGAGCUACAGGCAGAAAGCUUUGGAAAAGAAUAUCGCAAACACUUCAUUCGGAUGAGAGAUUCUGUCAAUAUGGGGAUUCAUGUAAAUAUUUUUCAUCCAAAGGUCCAAAGCUCACAUUCCGGGAGUUAGUCACAGAUGGUUUAUUGAAAUGGUACUGUUCAUACACUUCAAAGUUAUCGGAGAGGUGGGUGAGUGUUUUUGCUGUGUUAUAAAUCAUUUUUGUCAUUUAGAAGAUCAGACACCUUAAGUUUACUCCAAAACAGUCCGUUCUAAGUAUCGCCAUGGCCUCAAAACUAUUUCAUAUUUCUCCACACCAAGCUGAAAGCCAAAUCGAAAUAUCCCUUAGAGAAGCUUUUCAACUUCUUGAAACACAGUUAAGAGUCCCAUUUUCAUUAAAAAUACCUUCUCCAUCAGAGUACUUGGAGCUCAAUAGGGCUAUUGUUUAUGGGAUUUUAUCAGAACCCCACUUUGCCAAUAUCCAUUUUACUCACUUAAAUGCCAUUGUCACAGAUGGGUACACAUAUGUUUUCUAUUUGAUUUUGAAGCUAGUAUAUGAAUCCUAUUCUAAACUUCUAGAACCAGUGAAAGUGAAUUUAAUUUGGGUUACAUCAAAGCUGGUUGAAGUUUCAGCCAUUGGCACUGAUAAUUUGUUGGCUGGUUUGUUGAGACAAAUAGUUGGGGGUGAUAUCAGUGAUGGGAAUUUGUGGUUAUGUAUGGAAUUGCUUAAGCUUUGCUUGGACAAGUUCGAAAUUUUAUUAGAAGAACCUCUGAUUCUUACAAGCGCUUUAUAUACAUAUCUUCGGUUAUUAGCUGACCAUUGUAGGUUAGCUAAUAACCGGAAGUUAGAGAACUUGAAAAAGUUGGAGAUUAAUUUUUGUGUUAGAAUGUUGAGGAUGCAUUUUCAAAUAUGUUCACGAAUUGGGAGGGAUUUAGUUCGUCUUUUACAAGAUCUGGUUUAUGUUUCAGAGUUUUGCGCUAUAUGGAAGGACUUGGUAUCCAAUCCGCUUGAAUUUAGAACUCCAGAGUUUUCAGAUAUCUCACAACUAUAUUGCUUAAGAACAUCAAGCAGAUAUUUUUUAGUUAGGAUUUCACCAGAGAUGGAAACCCAGUUGAGGUUCUUACUGACCCAUGUGAGAUGGCGUCAUCAGAAACGUUACCAGGAAUGGUUUGCAAGGAAAUUCUUUUGCAGGGAUGAAGCUUUCCGAGUACUUCUCAAGAAGGGAGUGGUUCAAUCAGUAGACGCUUUAACUUCUAGUUGUUUAAUAUCUCCCCUACUCAAGCAGAGGCUUGAAUUUGUCGUUUCUGAUUCAAAGUGAUAGUUUGCUCGCAAGAAUAUGUAAACAGGCUACCUCGGAUAUAAAGCUUCUAGCGGAAUUAGCCAAGAGCGGCGACGAAAAUGUGACUGUCUGAACGAUGUAUAUGAUCAUACCUGUCAUUUGAAAGUUGGCAUCCUCUUUCUCCUACGAGUGUAUCAUAUCCAUGAGGCAAAGUGCUAAUGAACUCAUGAAUUUUUGAAGCAACUGAUGCUUCAAUAAUCUCAGAUUCAGAUGCACCCUCAUUUCCAUAGCAGAUAUUUUCUCUGAGCGAGGAACUAAAAAGUAGUGGCUCUUGCUGCACCAAACCUAUUUGGCUUCUCAACCAUCUCAAGUUGAAAUCUCGUAUAUCUGUUCCGUCUAUCAGAACUCUUCCUUCACGAGGGUCAUAGAAUCUCAGCAAAAGAGCCAACACAGAGGAUUUUCCUGCUCCACUCGGUCCAACAAGAGCAAUCUUCAAUCCCUGUUCAACCUUCAAACUGAAGUUUUGGAGUAUAGUUACUUGAGGCCGCAAUGGGUAGCUGAAGCUAACUUUUUCAAACUCAAUUCUUCCUCGGAUCUUUUUGGUAUUCGAAGUCUGUGCUGGUGUAUCUGGCUCAAUUUCAGUUUUCCUGUCGAGGGUCUGAAACACAGGCUUUAGUACUCUGAUUGUCGCAAUGACGUUGGGGAUUAACAUCCAUAGCUCUGUGAUUGAAGGUACUGUUAGUGAGAAUAUCUGAUUCGGAAGCAAGAGCUACAAGUUCUUGAUGCGCAGCUGCAGAGUCACCUGCAAAUCCUUUAGCUGACUUGGCUUGAACGAGGCCACCGAUGAAGUGACAAGGCAUGACAGCCCAAGCAACAAGGCCCAUUCUCCAGUCAACGUACAUGCUGACUGUGGUUGCUAUUAGUAUGGAGGAGAUGCACUGGACUAUAACAGACAUACGAUCAGAAAUAAUGGUUUUGAUUGUGGAUGUAUCAUGGAUGAUCUGUGAGGGAUUUUCAAUGAAAACCCUUGAAGAAUCAGCUUGUCAUUGCGAGACGGGUAUGAAAAGAACACGUCACAUAUCUCAAUGUCCCCUUUGAUCUUCAUGCAGUCAGAAGCCUGAAGACAGUUGGAGAAGCUUUACAUACAUUGCCCCAAAAAGGAUGCUCAUCACUGCUGCUAUCGUAUCACCUCCUUUUGCUUUCUUGCUGGAAACAACAAUGGCUCCAAUCCAUACCAUCAAAGCCCAAGAACAAAAGAACGUUGAACUAUCGUGCAGACUUGAAGAUUGAGCAAAAGCUAGCCAAUAUAGACAUGAAGAAUUCCCAUGGACAACCUUAUUGAACAUAAACAGGCAGAAGUUCUUCAGCAUUCAAACUUACCGAGGAUUCCAGCAGGAAAUGUAGCUAUAGCCAUGUACCAAACAAAAGGAAUAACCUACACAGAUAAGACAUUGAGAAAAGAACAACCAUCAGACAAGUUCUAAACAGGGUUUAUUUUCUCAACCACAUUUAUGGUGAGCAGGAGAGAUGCAUUUUAUUCAUUGAGCCAUCACCUUGUAUAGUGCAGUAACCAUAGCAUCAGUGUCAUCUAUGUUGUCACCAAAUGCAUUAAGAGCUUUCCCAAGUAACAGGUAUCCUAUUGGUUGAGCCGAGCCAUGAACAACCGAGCCCAGUGUACCUAAUGCCAUCAAAGUCCAAUCUAGCGGGUCUGCAUAACUCAAAAGCUUAUGGAAAGGCAAAGGCUUAAUUGCGGAUUUCAUCCUCUUCAUCUCAUGCAUUUCAUCCGUGUUAUCAUCAUCGUCUUCCUGUUGUGUAUGCAUGGGUUGCUCCGGUGUAGGUGCCAUUAUUUUAACAUGCAAUGCAAAAUUCAGUUGGUUAACUAGCAACUAUUGUACUUAGUUGGGUAUUAAUAAUGUUUAUGUAAGCAAUGCGGAGAACAGAAUAUGUGGGAGAUAUUCCUUUUCUUGAUGAUUAAAAGAACCGCGAAAUCUGUUUUUUUC